AUGUCGGACAUUCCAGAUAAACCACCAUCACGGUCGCUACGUGGAAAAGUCGCGAUAGUGACUGGCGCAGGCUGCGUGGGUGAGGGCAUUGGAAACGGUCGAGCAAUAUCCGUGUUAUUGGCAGACGACGGUUGCAAUGUCAUUUGCCUGGACCGGAACCUGGAAUGGGCAGAGGCCACAGUCAAGCUAGCAAAUUCAGAGCCCAACCGCGGCACCGCCAUUGCCAUGCAGGGCGAUAUCACAUUGGCUGCAGACUGCGAGGCUGCCGUGCAGUUGGCGCUUGACAAGUUUGGUCGGCUCGAUAUCUUGAUCAACAACGUCGGCAUCUCGGGAGCCCCUGGCACAGCUGUCGAGGUCGACAUGGAGCAGUGGGCCAAAGGGCUCGAGGUCAACAUCUCGAGCAUGGUACAAACGACAAAGUAUGCUGUCCCAGCCAUGCUCAAGAACGAGGGUACUGCCAAGGGCUCCAUUGUCAACAUGGGCAGCGUGGCCGGCUUGAAAGGAGGGACGCCGCACUUGCUCUACCCUACUAGCAAAGGCGCCGUGGUCAACAUGACGCGGGCUAUGGCGGCUCAUCAUUCUAAGGACGGAAUUCGGGUCAAUUGCGUGUGCCCCGGCAUGUUAUACACGCCAAUGAUGUACGCCAAUGGAAUGAGCGAAGAGACUCGGGCUGCUCGAAAAGGUCGGUCGCUGCUGGGCACCGAGGGAAAUGCCUGGGACGCUGCAUGCGCCGUAGUAUUUUUGGUCUCUGACCACGCCAGAUGGAUCACCGGCGCUAUUCUGCCAGUGGAUGCGGGCGCUACUGCUGCUAUAGGUAUCGAUCUUCCCAAAAGCGCCAGCGUGAAUGCCGCAUUCUAG